AUGAGUAAAAUUGUAAAAUUAGAAAAAAACUUGGGGUUGAUGAACGGUAUUAGCAUAAUCGUAAAUGGUAUUAUUGGAUCUGGUAUAUUUAUUUCUCCUGCUGAAGUCGCUAGAAAAACAAAUAGUGUUGGAAUAUCUUUAUUAAUAUGGGUUAUAUCUGGAUUAUUUUCGUUGAUAGGUGCUCAUUGUUUUACAGAACUCGGAACAAUGAUAUCCAAAUCAGGAGCUGAUUAUGCAUAUAUUCUUAUUGCAUUUGGACCUAUAUUAGCAUUUUUGAGAUUAUGGGUAGAUGCUAUAAUAGUUAGACCUGCAUCUCAAGCAAUAGUAGCUUUAGUUUUUGCAGAAAAUUUAUUAAAACCAUUAUAUAAUACUUGUGAGCCUGAUAAAUUACAAACAAAAGCAUUAGCUCUUGUUCUUAUAUUGCUCCUUACAUUUAUAAAUUGUUGGAGUGUCAAAGCAUCUGCCAAAUUACAAGAAAUCCUUACCUAUGCAAAACUUUUAUCUUUUGCAAUUAUUAUAAUAUCUGGAAUGGUAGCUCUAGGCCAAGGACACACCGAAAACUUCAAAAAUGCGUUCGCGGGAGGUACAACGAGUCCGUUUGUGAUAGCUUCGUCUUUCUAUUUCUCCCUGUUCUCUUACAAUGGAUGGACAUAUCUCAAUAUGGUAGUUGAAGAAUUAAAGGAUCCCUACAAAACGUUACCUCGAUCAGUUUGGAUAUCGUUAACCUUAGUCACUUUAAUAUAUGUAUUGAUAAACGUCUCCUAUUUCACCGUUAUAAGUCCGGGCGACUUAAGUUCAACCAAUGCCAUCGCUGUGUUAUUCGCGCAAAGAUUGUACGGGAAAUUUUAUUGGGUGGCUCCGAUAUUUAUAGCCCUAUCAUGCUUCGGGACUGUGAAUAGUAUAUUAUUCACUUCUUCUCGAUUGUAUUAUGUUGGUGCGCGGGAAAACCAGAUGCCAAAAUGCCUGACCAUGAUUCAAGUCAAUCGAUUGACUCCGAUCCCUGCCGUUUUAUUUACCGCCCUCCUUUCGAUUAUUUAUCUAUUGUGGGAAAGCGUCGCGGAUUUAAUAUCAUACGUUUCGUUCGCGAAUUGGUUAGCCAUCGGUGGGGCUGUAGUAGCUUUAUUGUAUCUCAGGAAAAAAUAUCCUCAUGCACCUAGGCCUAUCAAAGUUAGUCUAAUAUGGCCAAUUCUGUAUAUAAUCCUCACGAUAUUCCUCAUAAUCAUGCCAAUUUACGACGAUUUCAAAAACACAGGCAUAAAAUCUUUAUAUUUACGAAAGUAUGAUUUUGAAAUUACGCACAAAUUGAGGGUAAUAUUUUUUGUUUUAUUAAAAAUCCCGCCUCUAUUUAAACAAGGAUUACCUUUCGGAGCUCUCAUUAUAUUAGCCGGUCUACCAGUUUAUUUCCUUUGCUGUUAUUGGAAAAAUAAGCCCGCUUGUUUUACCAAAUCUAUAGAUAAAUUGAACAUUUUGGUGCAAAAAUUGAUUUUGUGCAUACCCGAAGAAAUAACACCGGAAUCUAUGACAGACGAACUGCAAGGGAUCGAAAAUGAAAAUGCCAAAAUCGUUCAAGAAUUUAAAUUUGAAUAA